AUUUUGUGCAACACUACCUUUAAGUUUGGACGUUUUGUGAAUUACUACCUUAUAAAAAAGUUUUUUAAUUUUGCUACCUUAUAAGUUUGUUUAGUUUGAGUAACACUACCUUGUAACAGUUUCUGUCAAAUUCCUCCGUUUGUGGGCCCCACCUCCAACGUUUCCCUCCAUUUGCUUUCCCACCAACUUCUAUCUUCUCCUUUCUCUUUCCUCUGUCAUUUUUCUUUUCCUCUGCUUCACAUUUAUUCUUCUCUCCUUCAAUCUCAACCACAAACCCUAAAGCCAUAAUUGAUGAUGCUACACUUCUGAAUCUUCUUCAAGUCAAGAGAUUCUUCUCUUUAUUACGCGCAGUGGUCCAAAAGAAGAUCUUGGAAAGAUGAAAACGACAGGAAGUGGUCCAAAGGAUAAGGGAAAGGGGAUAAUGCCAACGAACCGACAAGGUGGAUCCCAAAUCAGGAAUGAGCAGUUGGGUUACAUUGAUCUUGCAAUAUGGAUGGGGGGAAAGUUUGUUUUCAAUAAGGGGGAAACUGAUUAUGUUGGUGGGAAGUUGUAUACUAGAUUGACAGUGUGGUUGCAUGAGUUAACUGUUUUUAGUUUGAGGGAGCUUGUAAUGAAAGGGAUGAGUGGAACUAUAGGGAGGAUUAUUGAGAAUUUCAGUGUAUGGUUUAGGCUACAUGGGAUGAAUUUGACUAAGGGUAGGAAGAUUAUACACACUCAUGAUGAUAUAGGGAGGUUAUUGGAGACAAAAGAUGGGUCUAACAGGGUGAUUUUGUACAUUAUUGAGGAAUCCAAACCAGCUUUUAUUGGCCCAUCUGUUACCUACCAAACUGCCAACUUUAAACCACCAAGACCACUGAAACAAGCUACACAAAGCAAUCCUUCUGGGCCACAAAGAACACUGACCCAGCCCAUUACAACCAAACCUGCUGGCCCAUCAACAGUGACCCUAAAACAAGUGAAAAUGGAACCACUUCAGUCAAAGUUUUCCCUAGUUAGGAGAAGCCCAAGGCUUGGUUUUGAUCCUGAUGUGAUUUACAUGGGAAAGGGUACAGGGCCAAGUGAGAAUCCAUCCACUGUAAAAGAACCCAACAAAACCCAAUUAAAAAAGCCAAUUGCUUCAGCCACUGUCAAAGCAAGUGUUCCUAAACCUAUUCCCUCAAAUAUAUCUUCAGUUGAUCCUCACACUCCAAGUACAGAACCAACAGAAAUCCCUCCUCAUACCACCACCACUCCCACAAAACCUUCAAAAACACCUCUGCCUGCAAACCCACCUCUUCUUAGUCCAGAUUUGAAGACCUCUACCCCUAGGAGAAAGAGUGUAGCACAGAAGGGGAAAAAGGUCAAAGGAAAAGCAGGAAAAGUAGGGAAGAAAAAGGGGAAAGGAAAGAAAAAGGAUCCUGGGGACUGUUUAUUUGAAAAUGAUGAGUUUGGUGAUUGGUCUGAAAGUGAUUCAGACUUUUCAGAUUUAGAUGUGGAGUUUGAACCAGGGGAAGAGGACAGAAAACAACUAGAGGAGGAUGAGUUGUUCUGUGAGCCAUUGUCUACUGUGUUGAGGGGAAAUAAGAGGGUAGAUAAGGUUGCAGCACCUGAGGUGGAAGAACAAGUGGAUCUAGCACCUGAGGUGGAAGAACAAGUGGAUCUAGAACAUGAGGUGGAUUAUGAUUCAGAGGAGCUUAGAAGUCUUUGUGGUUCAGAUGAUGAAGUAGAUCCAUAUCCUACCUUUAAUCCAGAGUCAGACUUCAAGAAAAAGAUUGUGCUCAGUUUGGGUUUAAAGUUCCCGAGUGUUCAUGCUGUUAGGAAAGCGAUAAGGUAUCAUUCGAUCGAGAACCACUACGAUUACUACCUUCUUCAUAAUGGAAGGAAGAGGGUGAGUGUGUAUUGUAGGUAUAGAUGUAGUUGUCCAUGGGAUAAAAAGCAUGCAAAGCUUGUAAAGUGUGUGUGUGAUGAUCCACAUAAGUGUAGGUUUAAGAUUCAUGUGAAGAAACUAAGGAUGGAAGAAACGUUUCAGAUCAAGUCUUUAAGGUUAAAGCAUACUUGUGGUGUGGUUCAUUCAAGUUCUAAAAUCACAUCGGAGUGGUUAGCUGAGAAGUAUUUGGAGGAGUGGAGGUCAGAACCAUAUUGGAGGCUUGUUAAGUUUAGGGAAAGGGUUUACAAGGAAACGGGGCUACAUAUUGGAUACUACAAGUCAUGGUUUGCUAGGGCUAGAGCCAAAUUGAUUCUGUAUGGGGAUGCUGCAGAUGAGUAUGCUGCUGUGUAUGACUAUGGGUAUGCAAUUCUUCAAUACAAUCCUGGUUCUUCAGCCUAUGUACAAUGCCAGAUCAGAGAGACAACCCCACUCCGUUCUUUCAAAGAUUGUACGUCUGUUUUGAGGCUCUCAAAGUGGGUUUUAAGAAUGGAUGUAGGCCCCUGA